CUGAGUUGAUCAUGCAGUCAGAGCCAAUAGCUGCGAUGUUUUAUGAUGGGAUUCUGUCGGCCAUUUAGAAUUUAGAACAUAGUCUACCCAACACACGUGGCUUGUUCCACUCCAAAUUCAGCUCUAUGACGCGAGAGUCCGUUUUCCCCGCGCGCUCCUUAAGUUUGCGCAGCAACUGAAUCCUGCAAAAGCGCUUAUCUACUGACGCGUUCUCAACUCGACACACCCUCACUUGAAUAUUUGAACUAAAAAAAUCACCAGGGAAAACUGGCGGCAACGCGCAGAUUUGAGAGGCAAACCGAACGUUGAGUCGUCAGUAUAUACAACCCGAGCUGGUUCAUGCGCCAGAUUCUUCACCGUACAGACCGACAGCUGAGGCGCAGGUAACUUCUGUGCUGUUCUGUAAACAUCUACAGUAACGGAAGCAGUAAACCGGAAAGCAGGAGGUUUCAUUGAAAGCUCGUGUCGCUUAUGAUGGGGCUAACCAUUCUAGGUUAGGCUACUCGUGAGCGCUUGUCUCUGGUGGGUAUCCCACUCAGGUGGAAGAUCACUGUAGGAACUCGCAUGUCCGCUCAGGAAUGUCUCCCCGUGCGCCUAAACACACGAAAACUUCACGUGGGUCUGUGGAAAGCGCUGAAUGUGCACGUGCAUAAGAACAGACUCAUGGCCAUGGCUCUAUCUGAGCGGGACGCUGAAGUUCCUAUGGAGGAGACCAGGGGGCGCUGUGGCGUGCGGCGGAAUCUCUUCGGCCCCGUCGACCACCAGCAGCUUGAGCAGGAAUUCCAGCGCCUGCUGUGCAUGACCGUUGACACGGCAACGCGCCGCUGGGACUUUGACUUCCUGUCUGAUCGCCCCUCCCCCGGCUCCACCCUGCAGUGGGAGGAGCUGCGAUGCCAGGAUGUGCCAGCGUUCUACCACAGCCGAGUGGUGAAGAGGGCAGGAAGUGGGCGCUGGAGGAGUGAGGUGGGCACCUCCUCCUCUUCCUCCUCCACCUCAUCCUCCUCCUCCUCCUCUCCCACCCACUCCUCCAGCGAGGGGAACGCCAGUCCUCCCCUGUGGAACAGCAGGGCCAUGAAGAGGAGCUUCAGCGCACUCAGCGUUGCCAUGGCACCCAAACACAAACAGGCCACCAUUACAGACUUCUUCACGGUGAGGAAGAGGAGGCGCCUGCAUCACAAGUCCAUGUCACGUCAGUAGGAGGAGCUAGGCAACAGGAGGAGUGGCUUAGCCUCACCAUAGCAAUGGAAGAAAUGGACAUAAAGACUUGAGUGGACUCCUUGUUUGAGCAGACUCACUUCCUGUCUGAAUGAACUCACUUCCUGUCUACACUGUCAGACACGCCCUCAUCCUCUUCUGAUGUCAUCAGACUCUUCUCUGGCUUAUUUGGUGCAUAAGCAAAGCAUCUGAUAUACUGUGAAACCAAUAAUGCACUCGUAACGUAAACAACCCUCCCCCCUCAAACUACGCUCAUUGCCCCAAACUACCCCCUCACGCCCCAAACUACGCUCAUUGCCCCACUGUAAACCAGACAACUUAAGCUCCAACCUCAGUGACCUUCGGUAAACAUCUCCCCUGACCUUUGCCAAAUAUUAGCAGAGGGCCGACGCUCAGUCUCAGAUAGGAGGCCCGCAGGUCAGCAACGUUAUUCUUCUGUGUGUGUGUGCGUGUGUGUGUAAGAAUGACAGCAGGACCUGGGGGGCAGAGGUCACUAGUCACCCUUCUCACCUCUAACAAUCCACUGCACUCUGCUGUCUUUUAUUUAUUUAAUGCUGCUUCAUUUCUUUUGCGGUACUUCAGAUCUGUAACCUGGCCAUCUGUUCAGCUCCAGCAGCUCAAAACGCAAAUGUGGACCAUGAGUACGUAUGUGUACUGUUUAGCUAGUAUGUACAGUAUGUGCACUCUUUAGCGAGUAUGUACAGUAUGUGCACUCUUUAGCUAGUAUGUACAGUAUGUGUACUCUUUAGCUAGUAUAAUCUUCAGUCUUUGGUCGUUUCUCAUCAGAAUAUUGAGUUUAUGGCUUCUGAAGCCGUUUUCUUUUGACGAUGUAGCAAUGUCUGUCCCACGUUUGUCAGCUUUAAGGUAAUCAUACUAAUGAUGUCGCAUAAAGCUAAUAUCAUUGCUAGUGAUGUUGCAGAAAGCUAAUCAUUGCUAGUGAUGUAGCAGAAAGCUAAUAAUUGCUAGUGAUGUAGCAGAAAGCUAAUAAUUGCUAACGGUGUAGCAUAAAGCUAAUAACUGCUAGUGAUGUAGCAUAAAGCGAAUCAUUGCUAAUGAUGUAGCAUAUGCUAUGUAGCAUAGCAAGUGUUUCUAUAUGAAGGGAAUGGCUUUGGGUGUUCUGCUCGGUAGCUGUGUGAAACUGUUUUGGUGUGUGUGUGAGAGAGAACCUUUACUUCUAAGGCAGCUGAAAUAGUUGACCAAAGCAUGGAGCAUUGCUCUUGUAGUUCUGUGCACUGCUCUUAGCCCUGAGACAUAUUCAAAAAAAUGUAAAUUCUGAAUUUCAUGUGAAUCUCCCCAACCCCCCCCCCCCUCGUCCCGCCCUGCAACCACUUUGGUGGAGUUGAGAUUAUUCUGGUCUUUUGUUUCUAGCUGGUCGUUUGAAUGAAUAGCCCUCGGAACUGUCUACCUCACCCUUGGCUCUCUCUUUCUUGUCUUUUAUCACCCACACACAAAAACACUACAGACCCAGACCAAACCUCUUCUGCACACCAGAGUUGAGUCGUGUGUGUGUGUGUGUGUGUGUGUGUGUGGGGGGGGGGGGGGGGGGGAUAGUGUUAAUAGAGUACGGGGGGAUGUUUGUGCAUCCCUCUCUGGUGUGUGUGUGUGAGAGAGAGACCCUCUGAGCUGCCUCUGAGUCUGGGUCCCUGCACCAUAAUCCCCCCCCCCCUCCCCCCCACGUCUGUCCCUUUUAGCCAUGCAAAUGUAGCAUAUAUUAUUAUAGCUAUUAUAUAUAUUAUUAUAAUUAUAUAUUUUAUAUGUUCUUAUUUGGGUGGUUUUAUGUUGCCUGUUUGUGUGUGUGUGUCUGUGUGAUAUGUUUAUGGAGGUGUGUGUGUGUGUGUGUGAGAUGGAGGUAUAUUCUAAUUUAUUGUAAUUCUAUCAUAAUAUUUUGGAGAAAUGGUCCAGAUGCCCUUCAGUAACUACGGUAACUGAUGACAUUCUUCCGCAACUAACUGAUGACGUUUCCAGUCAUCUUCCGUUAUUAUGACGACGUUUCCAGUCAUCUUCCGUUAUUAUGACGACGUUUCCGGUCAUCUUCCGUUAUUAUGACGACGUUUCCAGUCAUCUUUGCACUACAUAAGCCGCGCUGGUCGUGUGCGGUCUUCUGACCACACACACACUCUGACCAGACAUACAACUCUUUUUCUGUGUUAUUCCUGUACACGCUCAUCUACCGAGUAUUCAAUGCAUCUGAUACCUCAUCUACAGAGUAUUCUAUCCAUCUGAUACCUCAUCUACAGAGUAUUCUAUGUAACUGAUACCUUUGUCUAGAGUUCAUCUACCGAGUAUUCUAUGUAACUGAUAUGCAUGAAUAUACGCUUUGAUAAAGGUAUAUAAUUUCUAUAACGAACAGAAGAGUGUUCUCUAUCUUGUAUUGCUGCAGACUAUAUCUGAUGUUGCUAUUGUACUCCUGAGCACUAGAUGGCAGCGUUGUGUUCUGCACUGAGGCUGUGUGAGCCCAGCAGUGACACGGCGCAGUACACAUGGUCUCUAAUGGAUCCAUUAUCCUGUGUGUUCUUAAUAAAGAAUCAUACUGUUUAAACUCUAAA